AUGAAACAAGCGUUAAAAUCACAAAAAAAGCGAAGAGAAAGUGUAGGCGAGGUUAUAUCCACUCGAAGGGGAUCGAUUACACCGAGGCUAACCAAGUCUUCUAUAUUACAUCAAUCACCCAAACGAAAUUACACAAGACGAUACAUGUUAGAAGAAACAGAGGCAGGGGUUCAAUGGGAUCCACACAUAGAUGCUUUCGAAAUUCUCAGAGCUAAAAUCACUGGCAUCACGCGAUCCAUGCAAGAGUUUCACGUUCAGGAACUUUUUCAGGACGAAUUAUUAGCAGAAGAACGAAGAAAGCGUACCUCUUCUUAUCUUCCGAAAACAACCACCUCUUCUCCACUUAUUUUGAACAAAAGUCACCGUCGUAUCCGAUCACAGAGUUUUUUAUAUUCUUCAUUUGAAUCACCAGAUAUUAAACCAUGCAUUCAAGACACAGAAGAUGAUGAAGAAGAAGAGAAAAGUCGGUUACUCACCAGCCCCAAUCUAUCAGCAUUGUUUCUUACAACAAACAAUCUAAUUAAUUCUCGGCUAGACGAAUUGUCAGAAACUGCCUCUAUUAAAUCUAAUAACGAGAAUGCGACAGAUUUACUUGAAUGGCAAAAACAAUUUCUCAACCUUGUCACAAGCUGUAUUCAUCAAUCUGAAGCACUUGAAUCUCUUUCGACUGAUGUGCUGGCGACAGAACACCGAGUAAGAGAACUCAUGUUGAUCAAUAAAACUAUUCAUGAGCAGUUCCAGGAACGAGAAAAACAGUACGAAGAACGUAUUCGAGAAUGUCAAGAAGUAGCUCAACAACAACUCAUAAUGAUUGACUCACUGGAAGAAUUGACAGCCGAUAUCAACAUAAAAAUUGAAUCUUUUCAACGCGAACAACAUCGAACAGAAGCACUGCUUGUAUUGAAUGGACAAAAAAAAGAUCAAGAAGAACCUCAUCGUUGGAGUUUUCAAAAGUCUGUGGCUGAUCUUAUGCAUAUGGACGACAAGUAUGAUGUUGUCCAAAAGAUGCGAUGGGAAAUUGGCAUGUUUGUAGGUGGUGGUGUUGGCACGGGCCAUGUUAUUCAUACAUUUGAGGAUAAAUUGAAUGGCAUUGAUAUGAUGAUUGCUGGUACAGGCACCACUUCUUCUCCUCCUUAUCAUUUUAGAAACAGCAGCCUACAGAGCAUGGUUAGCAAUACAAGUAGUAAGCAUAUGUCCUCUUCUUCUUUUCAUCUUCAUUACCCAAACAAGGCAAGUAAAUAUACAUACAUGGUUCACAUUAACGUUCAAUUUAGUCUUGUUCUAUAUCCCCAUCCAUUCAACAUCUCCAGUUAUACCAACAUCAAUAUAUCUUACAUUUAAACAACACUGAUAGAAAAACACGCUUCCAUAUCUUACCCAAACGUCUUUGGGUGCCUGAUCAUCAAGCAGAUCAAUGUCAAUUUCAACAAGAUGAUCCCAAAAAUCGAUGUUCAGUUCGAUUUGGGUUUUUCCAACGUAGGCAUCAUUGUCGUAAAUGCGGUUUUGUUAUUUGUCAAAGACAUAGCGCAAAUCGAUUACCAUUGUUUAAUUCUUCCUCAAGGGGUAAAUGGAGCAGAGUGUGUGAUGAUUGUUUUCAUGAAUUAGUUGUACAGAAAUAAUAAAAUAUGUAUAUAUAUUUACAGUCAAUGAAUAUAUUUACUUGGAAAAAAAAAGAAGAAAAAAGAAAGCCAUAGAUUGUCGAUAUAAAAGUCAUAUAUAAAAAGAAAUUUCUGGUGGUUUAUAUGAAGCGAGCGUAAAGGGGGAAAUAAAUAAAUAAAUAAAU